AUGAUGAGGAGAGGCUUCCAGGUGGCAGCAAGACUUGGCCACCACAGAGCCUUCCUCAGAGCCCCCCGCCUUUUGCCCAGAUUAAACCCUGCCUCAGCUUUUGGAUCCACCACAGACACCCUGGUCGCAAGGUUCUGUCAGGAGAAGAAAGAUGUGAAGGAUUUUGCCCUCCCCAAUGCUAGCUGGUGCCCAGACAUGCUGAGCACGUACCAAGAAUUUCUGGAGAAGACCAAGGCCAGCACCUGGAUCAAGCUGCCCUCCUUCAAGUCCAACAGAGAUCACAUCCAGGGAUUCAAGCUUCCAUUAGGGUUAACGGUCACCUCAGACAAAAACGAUUGGCGCAACUUCACCAGGUGCAUCCAAGUGGAAGGCCAAGGAUAUGAGUAUGUCAUCUUUUUCCACCCAGCUGAGAAGAAGGCCAUCUGUCUUUUUCAACCAGGCCCUUACUUGGAAGGACCCCCAGGGUUUGCUCAUGGAGGGUCCUUGGCAGCCAUGAUGGAUGAGACCUUCUCUAAAAUAGCCUACCUGGCUGGAGAGGGACUGUUCACCCUUAACCUCAACAUCAAGUUCAAAAAACUGAUCCCUCUGGGCUCCCUGGCUGUGCUGAAUGUUGAAGUAGAAAAAAUUGAGGACCAGAAGAUUUACAUCUCCUGUGUCGCCCAGAGCAGAGAUGAGCAGACGGUUUAUGCCAAGUCUUCAGCUGUUUUCCUCCAGCUGAAGCUGGAAGAGGAGCCAUCACAGUAA